AUGGCCGAUAAACUGCGCACUCUCCAACAACUCGAAUCUCUCCAGGCCAAAUACGUGGGCACGGGUCACGCCGACACCACCCGCUACGAAUGGAGCCAGAACAUCGUCCGGGACUCCCUCGCCAGUUAUGUCGGUCACCCUCCUCUGCUUGCCUACAUGGCCCUCGGAUUAGGAGAGAACAAGGAGAUCGUGAGAGGACAGAUGAUUGAAAAGAUGAUCAGGGCAAGCGGACCGCCACCACAAAGAGAAGACGACUGA